AUGUUCAGGAAAAAUAACGAUCGCGAAGAAAGGUUUCGUCGAUUUUUUCAUUUCAAAAUUCGGUAGUUUUCAGGAAAAAAGCGAAAGAGCAGGACAAAAAGUAUGUCGAGUACCGGAUCAAUCAAGUUUUGCGUGAGAUCAAGCCACAAAGCAAGGCGUUCGACAUGAAAAAGUUUGACGAGGUCGAGAACCGCGACGCGACCGCAACGCUUUCCAUGAAUUUUGUAGUCAUUCCCGCGCGAGAAGCGCAAAAUCAACCAUUCGGAGGUGGAGUUCGGCGAGCUGAUGCACGAGUACUUGGUCCUCCGGCCGGAUCCCCGAUUCGCGACCUGGUUCGGCAAAAGGGACACUAAAAGGGCCGAGGCGAAGAAGCCGACCUUGAGGUCAGUCUGAUUGACUUUCAAGCUUUUUACGAACCAAGACAAUCAUUCUUCUGAAUCCCUAAAAAUUUGAUCAUCUCCAGCGCCAUCACCAAGAAGAUUGGAAAGACGAGCAAGGCGCCAAGCGGUGGCCAAGCCGGCAAAAAGAACAACUACGAGAAGGAGCUCCAGGCGAAUCUCGCCCUCCAAGACGAGUUCAACGAAGACGAAGGUUUCUUCUGGGAAUUUCAACGUCUUCAUUUUUUCCAGAUGUUGACCGGCAGAGGAUCAAGGAAGCUUACAAGUUCAUGGACGCCGAGGACAUCGAGGGCAAGGUCAAGAACCUGUAUAACGCCAUCGGCGAGGGCGGCGAGUUCUUCUGGAAAUGCGGUGAUGACGCCAGGUUUUCCCAACGUCUACUGAAUAUUCUGACGUCAUAAUUUCCAGUAAGAACGAUGUGCAUGGCGGUGUCGGGGGUGGAAAUUCGGAGAGUGAGAAGGAAAAGGAGAAGGAGCCGGAGGAGGACGAGUACGCCGACUCGGAGACGUUUACCAAGGUGUGUGGUGCGACGCGGCUUUUGCGACUCGGCUAUGGAUUCUUCUUAGGAAAGGGAGCUUUAGCCGAGCCGCACGGUGAUGACGACGCGGCUGUGCGACUCGGCUGAGGAUCCUCUCGAAAAAAAGGGAGCUUUAGCCGAGUCGCGCGGUGAUGACGACGCGGCUGUGCGACUCGGCUAAGAGUUCUUCUUAGGAAAGGGAGCUUCAGCCGAGUCGCACGGUGAUGGCGACGCGGCUGUGCGACUCGGCUAAGGAAGUCUGUUAGAUAGCUGUUAGAUAGCUUCAGCCGAGUGGCACGGUUCUUGCGACGCGGCUGUGCGACUCGGCUAAGGAUCCUCUCAAAAAAGGGAGAUUUAGCCGAGUCGCACGGUGAUGACGACGCGGCCUGCGACUCGGCUAAGGAGGUCUGUUAGAUAGCUUCAGCCGAGUGGCACGGUUCUUGCGACGCGGCUGUGCGACUCGGCUAAGGAUCCUCUCAAAAAAAAUGGAAGCUUUAGCCGAGUCGCACGGUGAUUGCGACGCGGCUGUGCGACUCGGCUAAAAGAUAUUUUCGUUUAUUCUCCGGAAAUAUCUCAUAAACUCGCCAAAUAAAGUAAAAGGGGGCGGAGCUUGUUAGCCGCGUCACCAAAAAAGAUUGAAAACCAGCGACUCGGCUGAGAUUUUUCCCUUUCGUCUAAAAUACUCUGUUUUCUCACAAUAUCUACAGUAAUCUUUGUUUUUUCGCUCCAAGACCCAAAAUUUGUUUCAGUACGUCAACAAGGAUCCAAGCGUCGUAGUACUUCUCAAUCCUUUCGAGCGGACGAUUUUCGAACCUUGGGGACCUCUUCCACAGCUCUACAACGACCUCAAGUACUUUAAUGAGAGGUCAUUUUAGUGAUUUUCUUGGGAAAUUUCGAAAUUUUCAGAAAGCUCCUUUUGGGUAACACGCUUGAGUCGGUGGUGCGGUCUAACGUCUUUACGGGGUUUGUUUGAUUCGAUUUCUAAGUGGUCACUUAAAGGAUUGCUCAAGGGGCAAGAUAGAGAAGCUCUUAAGUGGACCCUUAGAGUUACCUAGAACUUCAAGAAGCUUUUAAUAACCAAGAUAGACGCAAUCAAACCCCUUAAGUGGCCAAUGGUUUGAAAACAACAUUACAGAACUAAACACUCUUGAUCCAACAAAAAUAUGAAAGCUACAUAAUCGACAUUUAAAAGAAUAACUUCAAGGUUAUUCCAAUUUACUCAAGUGGGGGGUUAACGCGACCGCGGGUCCUCUUCCCUCCAUCACCACAAGUUCCGACACAUAUGUUCCCAAAUUCUCCCUACAUCUAUUUCGUGAAAUUUAGUACUUGUGUGUGAGAAAUAAAACAUUUUGAUUGAUAUACUUGAGAAGAAGACGGUAAAGUGACCACUUAAGGGAGCGCAAGAACAAGGCGACGGCCAGGCAGGUGAAGUUCCACGAGACGGCCACCGCCAUGGAAUACGUGAUCGAGUCGAAUCCGCUGCAGAAAAGCAACACCAUCAAGGAACCCCUCGGGAAUCCCGUCCGAGAAUGA